GCUUUACAUUUACUAUCCUUAUCUAAUAUACAAGGAUACAUUUCCGAAUGUAAUUCGAGUUAUGUAUCACGUGGAUAGUUGGUUGAGAGUAUUGCUGGUGAUGAUAGCUUUAGUCGGACCCAGGCUAAGUGGAUGUUACUUUCGUGAAACCAUCGACACUCUAGUGCAUGUAAUGCAGCAUUACGAUCAUGCUGGAAAGAUACAGGAUGUACUUGGGGCAAAUGCGAUCACCACCAACCGAUUGCUGCUACUGUACUGCUGCCAUUCGAUGGUUAUCGCUGUAACAAUGUGGAUAUGUACCGAACAGCCAAUCUCAACGCUUUUACUCGCGAACUACCUGGCACCGUACGCGACCAUAACCGUUUAUACCCUCUUGUACCAGACACUACUAUCAUCAAUCUGUUCAAUAGUGAGUUGUUUGAACGACACACUGCUCGAAGUUACAUUGCUAGACAAGAAGCAUUCAGCACGACCCUACGAGAAACACACAACAAUCAGCUACAUAAGCCUUGAUAAUGUUAAACAAUUGGUGAAACACAAUCUGCAGGUGGAUGUUGCUACAAUAGAAAAACUAUCCAUCUUGCAUAUAGCUCUUAUGCAUGUAGUUCGAGACGGUAACAAACAGUUCGGUGUGCUGAUGCUGAUGAUCUUACUUUCGUCAUUCAUUCAAAUCAAUAUGGUGCUCAUCGAACUGUACCAUAACAUAAGCCAUCCCAUGUUGCCGGAGUACAGCUUAUGGAUCUACUUUCUGCACGCCCUAAUUCACUUUACAUUCUUCUUGACAAUCGCCAAAUCGAAUCAUUCGAUCCAACAACAGAAUGAACGCACAAUGCUUCUGUUGCAUGAAUUCAAAUGUUCAUGGAGCAGCGAACAAAAUAUGGUGAUUGAACAUUACAUUUCGCAAAUUUGUAAUCUACAUGAUAUCCAUCAGGCCUGCGGGAUGAUCACUUUGGAUAUGAAACUGAUCUCUAACGUUGUUGCAGCGAUCACAUCGAUCAUGGUUGUUCUGAUACAAUUUUCUGAUACUGGAUUGUAAAACAACUAACAUUAAAUUGAUCAUUAAGUUUGAAUCAUGAAUUAACUGUUCACCGUUUUCUCACUAUUAAAACGAAGUGCAAUUAAAAAGUAGCACAUUUUUUGCUUGCAAGGGUAAGCUAAACAUUAACUUCAAAAUUUUAUUUUGAAUGUGACCAUUGCUUAAAAUUUAUGGGAUGAAGAAUGAUGCCUAGAAAUGAAUCUUUUCAUAAUUUAAAUGACUAAUACAUGUAUGCCCAUGUGUGCCUUAUUUCACACAAUAAACUCAAGCUACUUUAAAACAACAA